GUAGGCUGAUACCCACCAGGAGCCCUAGGGCCACAUUUGUGUGAGCCUUAAUGCCACAGCUUACUCAAUAUUUCCUUACUUGCCUUCCCCAGCUACCUAUGACAUAGCCUUUUGGUUGCAUCAAUGCUAGCACCAGCACCCACAACUCUUUGCAUGCUGAGGAAAGAUGGUCAGGAGACAGAGAAGUUCAGAGCUGAGGGGGAAAGGCAGAGCAGCAGCUGAAGUGAUGAAAGAAGGAAAUUCUCAGGUGGAUCAAUCAAUAUUUUAAGAGAAGGUCAUUUCUAGCAGGUAAGACAAAAGGGACAGCUACGUGAAGCUCAACCUUUCAUCUUGGAGGGAAUCAAUACAAGGAAACUCCAAAAUUCCCACUCCCAAAUACAGGAAAACUACAUGGAAAUGGAGUACUGAGAAAAGGACGCGUGGAAAAAACCUCAAAGACUUAUUUCCGCUCUUCACCUCUAUAAAACCAUCAGACAUUUUCAGAUUCAUCAUCAAAUCAAGAGGCAAGCACCUACAUAUCAAAGCCUAAGGAACACACUUUAGCCACCCAGAGGUUCUUCUUUCUCCAGACUAUGCAAGUCUUUUUUAGCCUCUUUCUCUAUCUACUGCUGGCGCCUGUUUUGGGGGACAGGUUUUUCCAGUUUGGACCUUGCAGCAUUUCAAUGAAUAUUAAUGAAAUCCGGGAUGGCUUUGGUACAAUUAAAAAGGUCAUUCAAGCCAGAGAUCGUAUCAGAACAGCAAGCAUUUUGCACCCACAUUCUCUGCAUAACUUUCAAACUUUAGAUAGCUGUUGCCUUGCUCUUAGCAUCUUAAGAUUUUACCUGGACAAAGUCUUCAGGCACUGUGAGACAGGAAGUCUUUACAUCAAUCGGAAAAUCAGUGGCAUAGCCAACUCCUUCCUCAGCAUAGAGAAGAAAUUCAGAGUCUGUGAUGAAAAUAUGUGCAACUGUGGGGAAGAGGCAACAAACAAAUAUCAGCAGAUCAUCACCAACUAUGAACAGAUGGAUGUUACACUUGCUGCUAUGAAAGCCCUUGGAGAACUGGAUAUCCUGCUUAAUUGGCUGGAGGCAUAUUAGAAUCAGAAUCAGUAUUCUGUGUUACAUAGUCCAUUCUAGAGAAUUAAGGAGAUAAAAGUGGGCACUUCACUAGUGGGCACUAGCUGGGGGGCUUUGAAAAACACCUGGGUGCCCAUUAGACUUCCACGUGGUUGAGCAGACACACGUCAAUAGACCAAUGUCCCCCAAUGCUUUAAGGUGCAAAGCCCUCUUGUGCCUUAGAGAACUGCAUAGGGCGCUGGGCUUGAACGAUGCACACACACAGCCCCCGUACUUGAACAGGAAGGGUUUGACUUUAGCAGCAGGACUGCUAUGGGUCUUCCAAGGUUCAGCUCUAUGGAGUUAGCUUUGGGCACAGCACCUCUGCUCCAGUCAGGUAGCACUUUCCUACAUUCUCUUUGCUCAUCUGCGAGUCAAUUGCACCACCUCCCGAAUCAUGCAAGACUUUCUACAAUUAGAUGAGAAGCAAAACCAAAUCAAACCGCAUCUUGUUGUAAAGCAUAUGUGCUCUUGUCUUGGACAGCUCCCAUUUCUUUCCACAAGACCGACGCAGGAGUCGUACUGAGUAGAUUGCCAGUGCACCCAUCCAUUGUUAAAUGAGGAGGAGUCAGGCAAAACAUAUUGUUAAAAACAAAGCAUUUCAAGCUACAUUAUGGAUAGUUUUUCUCUUCCAGUGAGCUUACAUCGAAAACAGCAACAAGAACCCAACCCUGAAUAGGUGAUUGCUGUCUACAUAUUCCCCCCCCCCACAUGUUUAUCUCUAUCACAAUUAUUUAAAAACACUCUCAUGGAUAUCAAAAGUAUUAUGCUGGAAGCACUUUCAUUUCUGUUGAACUUUAACUAUUCCUAAAGCAGGUUUCAAAAUAUCUAUGAUAUGAUGACAAAAGUUAUGCAUAUGAAGGCAAGGUUCCAGAAUAGAACACUCCCAACACAAAAGCAACCAGCUCAUGUAGGGACCGCUCACAUCCAUUGUAGUGGCUUGUAUGUGUAGAAGGGGCUUUGAUUCAGAGAGCUGAAAAGGCAGUAACAUCUCUUCCUUGAGAUUUCAUGAAAUUCUUCUCCAUACCCUUCCUUCUGCUGGAGAAGAAUGCUAUCCAGGAAUCACAUUUCUGCCGAUUUGCAAAGGACAGUUGGGGGGGGGGGGGAAUCAAGGCAAUUGUUUGGAUUUCAGGACUGUUCAAAAGUUCAGUUUGUUCAAAACAUGUCUGCUCUUGAACACCUUUCACUCAUUUCAAGAAGUUUGUAUGUAUGUUCUUGGAAGGCUGCAUGUGUUCAUGGUUAGACAUGUCCAGGCCACAACUCCCUAUCAUUUUGUUUUUUAUUAAUUUGUGCAUUAUUGUCCCUUGCCAUCCUGGAACUUGUAUUUUUCACAUGUUUGCUGUACAUAUAAAUAUCUUUCACUGGGCAUUAGGACAUGGGAUUCUAAAACCCAAAAACAAAUACAGCCAUUAACCCCAAUU